GUCAGUGUAGACUAUCUUCGACCGGCACAGGCUUGACCCACGGUGCCUACGAACUGGUGGCAACACGACAAGAUGAACUACCAAAAGCUCAAUCUUGGCGCCAUCGACGCGCGGACGGCUGCGGGAGCACCUGCGCUGGGUGCGAAUGCACGCACAUCCUCGCCUGAGUCAAAUUAUUGGCGUCGCUUCCGGUCACCUGUCUUCAUCAAAGAGCAUGCCCCCAUAACCUCCAUUCACUUUGUGCCGGCUUCUUCAGUAGCCCCCACGGUUCCCGCUCCUGGGUCUGAUCAGGCAAACAAUGCGCUCAUCAACCCACUCAUCCCCCAAGCGUCCUCGACAGGUGGGAGCACAUCUGCAGCUGCGUCCUCUUCGCAGCGGUAUGCAGUCACCUCAGGAACAAAGGUGCAGCUCUAUUCCAUGCGCACGGACAAAGUCGUCAAAACAGUGUCAAGAUUUGGCGACGUUGCGAGAAGUGGGAAUAUUAGAGCAGACGGAAAGCUGCUCGUAGCAGGCGAUGACUCGGGCUUAAUUCAAGUCUUUGAUGUCAACUCGAGGGCAAUCCUGCGAACGUUCAAGGGGCAUAAGCUACCUGUACACGUUACCCGCUUUUCUUCGGCCCCGACCCAGGUGCUCUCAGCAUCAGACGACCAGACUGUCCGGCUGUGGGACAUUCCAUCUCAGUCGGCAGUGCGAACGUUCGCUAGACAUAGCGACUAUGUUAGAUCUGCGAUGGUAUCACCAGACAAUCCGUCGCUUCUUCUCAGCGGCUCCUACGACGCGACAGUGCGCCUAUGGGAUGCUCGCGUGCACGAGAAUGGGGGGCAGGUCAUACAGAUGGACCACAAGGCACCAGUAGAAGAUAUUGCAAUUUAUCCUACUGCAGGCGGAGGUGUUGCUCUCAGUGUCGGAGGGCCAGUAUUACGAGCUUGGGAUCUGAUGAUGGGUGGGAGAUGCAUCAAGGCCAUCUCGAAUCAUCAAAAGACCAUCACAAGCCUCGCAAUCUCGAUGGAAAGCGAUGCAAAUGUCAGCGCAGCACCUGGCGCACUCGGAUCCAUUGGUCUUGGCAGCAGCGGUAUGCGCAUUCUCACAGGGGGGCUGGAUCAUCUUAUCAAGAUUUAUGACCCGUCUAAAGGCUUCAAGGUGACGCAUACCAUGCGCUAUCCCGCACAGAUCCUCUGCAUGGCUCUGUCACCUGAUGAGAGCCAUCUCGCGGUUGGCAUGGCGGACGGAACGUUGUGCAUCCGGAAACGCGAGCUGAAGCAGAGCGAGAUCAAACGUAGACAAGAGCGAAAAGCUGCACUAAUAGGGGGCAGCUACGACUCCUUCUUGCAAGGCAAUGCAGCUGCUGCAGCUCAACAAGCCGGCAGCACCAUGGGCCCUGGCCAAGACGCAGGGCGACGAAGCCGCGAUGACGUACGUGUCGCGAGUGUACGAAGCGUCAAGCUCAAAGAUUACGACAAAUUUCUCAAAGCGUUCCGUUAUCAGGAUGCACUCAAUGCAGUGUUGCGUCCGAAUGUACCUGCCAACGUGACAUUUGCCCUCUUGCUGGAGCUCACACAUCGCUCGCCAAUCGUGACAGCGACCAACGGCGGCCCAGAUGGAAUUCGACGCGCAGUUCAGGGAAGAGAUGACGUCGGGCUCGAGCCCUUGCUCAAGUUCCUGCUCAAACAUGCUUCUAAUCCAGCCUACGUGGACAUCGUCUCCGACACCAUGAACGUCCUCAUUGACUGCUACGCCGACGUGCUUGGACAGUCACCCUUGUUGGACGACAUGCUCGGGCGCAUAUGGGCCAAGAUCUCGGAUGAGAUCAAGCUGCAGCGCAACAUUACGCAGGUCAAGGGCGCGCUUGAGAUGAUCCUGGCACGCACAGCCCUCAGUGCCGCGCUAUCUCAACCGUGACCUCUUAGAAUAGACACAUUCUGUACUUCUACGCAUUUGCGCAUUUGCAUCAUAUCGC